UCCUGCAGGCAGAUUUCAGCAGCUCAGACUCGCAGGUGGAUCCCGAGCUCCGUCUGAGACCCGGGCGCGCGCGCACUCAUGCACUCAAAUGAAUGACUACAAUCAUUAAUAGAGCGAGCUCGUGUUCAAACCAACUACAAUGAGAGCAAAUCUGUCGCAGUCAGUCCAAUCCUCAUAUGACUCCCAGCCAUUUAAAAUUUGAUGAGCAGUUUUUUUUUUUGGAGAGCUCCUUGGAUUGAUCCCAGUGUUUUCCAGUCAUGAAGAACAGGAGGGAAUAUGUGGAAUACUGGAGCGCGAUAAUAGUGGGUCUCUUCUGGAUUCACAGCUCUUUCGGGAUGCCCCAUGUCAUUCGGAUAGGGGGGAUUUUUGAACAGAUGGAUGGACCGGUGGCACUCGUCAGCUCAGAGGAACUGGCCUUUAAAUUCGCAGUUAAUAACAUCAACAGAAACAGGACGUUAUUGCCCAACACGACGUUAACGUACGACAUUCAGAGGAUUAAUAUCUAUGAUAGCUUUGAGGCCUCCAGAAAAGCGUGUGACCAGUUGUCUUUAGGUGUGGUUGCCAUCUUCGGGCCGUCCCACAGCUCCUCAUCCAACGCUGUUCAGUCCAUCUGCAAUGCCCUGGAGGUGCCACACGUUCAGGUGCGAUGGAAACACCACCCGAUGGACAACAGGGACUCGUUUUACGCCAACCUGUACCCGGAUUACUCUUCCCUGAGCUACGCUAUCUUAGACCUGGUGCAGUUCCUCAAGUGGAAGACGGCCACGGUGGUUUACGACGACAGCACGGGUUUGAUCAGACUCCAGGAGUUAAUCAUGGCUCCGUCCCGGUACAACAUCCGACUGAAGAUCCGGCAGCUCCCGCUGGACACCACCGACACCAGACCUCUGCUCAAAGAGAUGAAGAGAAGCAGAGAGUUUCGCAUUAUCUUCGACUGCAGCCACAUCAUGGCUGCCCAGAUCCUCAAGCAAGCCCAGAUGAUGGGGAUGAUGACUGAGUACUAUCACUACAUCUUCACCACUCUGGACCUCAUGGCCAUAAACCUGGAGCCGUACCGCUUCUGUGGCGUCAACAUGACCGGCUUCCGCAUACUAAACGUGGAAAAUCCUCAGGUUGCCACUAUUGUGGAGAAGUGGUCCCUCGAGAAGCAGAUUCCCCCCAAACCAGACUCCGGUCUCCUGGAAGGGAUCAUGACGACAGAUGCUGCUCUGACGUACGACGCGGUCCACAUCGUGUCGGUCUCCUACCAGCACGCGCCACAGAUGACUGUCAACUCACUGCAGUGUCAUCGGCACAAACCCUGGAGGUUCGGAGGACGCUUCAUGAGUUUCAUUAAAGAGUCUCACUGGGAUGGCCUGACGGGACGGCUGAGCUUCAACAGAACUACAGGUCUGCGCACCGACUUCGAUCUGGACAUCGUGAGUCUUAAAGAGGACGGCCUUCAAAAGGUGGGGAAGUGGAGUGCAUCUGGAGGGCUCAACAUCACUGAGGUCCCGCGACAGAACGGCAUGAACAUCACUGACUCGCUUUCCAACCGCUCGCUGGUCAUCACCACCAUCCUGGAGGAGCCAUAUGUCAUGCUUAAGAAGUCUGACAAGGCACUCGUCGGCAAUGACCGCUUUGAGGGCUUCUGUAUUGACCUGCUUAAGGAGUUGGCCAGCAUUCUGGGCUUCUCCUACGAGAUCCACCUGGUGCAGGACGGGAAGUAUGGGUUUCAAGACGAUAAAGGCCAGUGGAAUGGGAUGAUUAAGGAACUCAUGGAACACAGGGCUGACCUUGCCGUGGCUCCUCUCACAAUCACCUUUAUGCGGGAGAAAGCUAUCGACUUCUCCAAGCCUUUUCUGAACACCGGCAUCAGUAUCCUGUACCGUAGACCCAACAGCACCAACUCCGGCUUCUUCUCGUUCCUGAACCCCAUGACCCCUGAUAUCUGGGUCUACAUUCUGUUGGCCUACCUGGGAGUCAGCUGUGUACUCUUCGUCAUCGCCAGGUUCAGCCCGUACGAGUGGUACGACGCCCAUCCGUGUAACCCCGGCUCCGACGUGGUGGAGAACAACUUCACGCUCCUCAACAGCUUCUGGUUUGGCGUGGGCUCCCUCAUGCAGCAAGGUUCAGAACUGAUGCCUAAAGCGCUCUCGACUCGAAUCAUCGGAGGAAUCUGGUGGUUCUUCACCCUCAUCAUCAUCUCCUCCUACACAGCAAACCUGGCAGCGUUCCUCACCGUGGAGCGGAUGGACUCGCCCGUGGACUCGGCCGAUGACCUGGCCAAACAGACCAAAAUAGAGUUCGGCGUCGUCAAAGAUGGAGCCACCAUGUCCUUCUUCAAGAAAUCCAGAGUGUCUACAUUUGAGAAGAUGUGGGCUUUCAUGAGCAGCAGACAGAGCACAUCGUUCGUCAAGUCCAUUGAAGACGGGAUCCAGAGAGUGUUAAAGUCCGACUACGCUCUGCUUAUGGAGUCGACCACCAUUGAGUACGUGACGCGCAGAAACUGCAACCUCACGCAGGUCGGCGGCAUCAUCGACAGCAAAGGUUACGGCAUCGGCACCCCGAAAGGCUCGCCGUACAGGGACAAAAUCACGAUCGCUAUCCUGGGUAUCCUGGAAGAUGGGCGUCUGCACAUGCUGAAGGAGAAGUGGUGGAGCGACACCAACUGUCUGGAGGACGAGCGCUAUGAGACCGGUCCCAUGGGCAUCCAGAACCUGGGUGGCAUCUUCAUCGUGUUGGCAUCCGGGCUGGUGCUGUCUGUGUUCGUGGCGAUUGGAGAGUUCAUCUACAAACUGAGGAAAACUUCAGAGCGCGAACAGGUCUUUCUGCAGUGCGGUGACGGACGAGAUCAGACUGUCGUUCACGUGCGAGAGACGGGUGAAACUCAAGCCCCCUCGCCAGCCCCCGCCACCAGCCUCGCUGAAGACAGACGCGGUGAUCAACAUGCACUCCUUCAACGCCCGUCGCCUGCCAGGAAAGGACAACAUGAGCCGCAGCACCGCAACGACGCCCGUGUUUCCAUGACUUGCCUGGGCGACGGCCAACUGAGGCACGUCCCCGGAGCCGUGCCCGAGAGCAGGGACUACGGCUCCGAGAUGAUCACGGCAUUCACCAUCAACCGCAGAGACAUCCGACACCACAUGGCCAGUCAGAACGGUGGCAGUAGCAGCAAACCAGUUAGCGACCACAUCCUCAAACCAAUGUAUCCCACAAUGCCACUGCGAGAGGGAGGCCGAUCCGUAUCCUUCCUGUGAGAACGGACCGCGUCCAGCCAAACUAACCGAGUCUGAUGUUUACAAACGGCACUCGAAGGAGAACUCCCCCUCCCCCCUAAACAAACGAAAACGCGUUUCUCAUCGGAACCGAGUGAAAAUGUGGAAACGAGGCUUUUUUUGAGCAUGGCAAUAAACGAACGGACGUGAACGGGAGUCGUUUUCUUAGAGUAUAAUUUAUAGCACAUCAAGUUCAUUUCAAAGAGUUUUUGUGGGGUGCGAAACAAACGUCUCCGUGAAUGCGAUGUACAAUACAGGUGUGCGUCAGACUGUAGGACCGGUUUAGAUUAACACCGCAGCAGUCAUGUGACCUGCUAGACUAGUAGAAACCCUUGAAGAGUGCAGACGAACAUCCUUUGCUCACGGAAAUGCACAAACAAACAGGGUUGAUUUCAUUCGAGUCACCGAAACUCUUUUUUGAGCAAGACUUGUGGCCAUUUUGAUUCAUCCGUGCUUCAUUCAUUGCCGGCAGAUGUUUUUUUUUUUUUCUUUUACACAGCGAGAUCUAAUGGUAAUGACGGAUAAACACAAGAGUUGCCAAAGAUCCGUCGUCCAAAUGGAUUUCGACACUUGAAGCGCAGCUUGCCCUACACACAAAGAGAGCGAGUGACACGUUUGCUAAAUGAGAACCACAGCCUUCGUAUCACAUGAUACGUACUAAAUGCACAGCUUGCCAUAUAUGAAGAGCUUAUGAAGGAAACCGUUUUAAGACAUACAUGAGCGAGAAUGUCUCUCGCCGUGUAUCUAUUCGGCUACGACUAUAUUGGCUAUCUGCUACGUCAACUUGUGGAAGUACAGAGUUUAUAGAUGGUGUGGCCUUCGUCAAAGCAUUAAAUCAGAACACAUCUGGGUGUUUUAUUUCUUUAUGACUAUUAUUAUUAUCAUUUCGUCUUCCACUCACGUUUAUUUCUCCAAACUGAAAAUUACCCACAUAUAGUUUCAAAACCUGUGAUGUUUUGUCUUCCCAAAAUGCGAUGUUAGGCAGAAUGUCAAAGCAUUGUAUUUUUUUCCCCAUACAAUGAAAGCUGAUGAGAGCUUUAUAAAAAAAAGGAACAUAAAAGUAGUCCAAGAUUAGAUGUCAAAACCUAGUCUCACAGAUACUGUAGCUAACGUGUAGAUUUAAAAACUCAGUUUAAUGUACUACUUUUAUAGUGCCUUUAUUUAAAAAAAAAUGUUUUGGCAAAAAUGCUAUUUAGGUUUUCACAGAAGAAAGAAAAUUACCAGUUUGGAACAACAUGAGGGUUAGUAAGCGCUGACAAAAUGUUCGGUUAGACUUUAUUUAGAUAGUCUACUAACUAUAAGUAACUUACAUGUCAACUAACUGUCAUUAGAGUAUUAGUAAACUGAUAGGUUAGGGUUUAAGUAAAUAUAAUAUGUUGACAUGUAGUGGACCGUCGAAAUAAAGUGUUACCAAAUGUUCAUUUGUGGUCGAAUCGACCUAAUGGAAAGUUAAUUUUUGAAUAUUUUGAAUACAUUUCUUUAUACCCAUAGAAGCUAAAAGUGAUUCAAUUGAUAAUGUGGGUAAUAUUUCAACACCUUCAUUUCAAAACAUGCUUCUCUUUACGUACCUGAACUUGACGUCACGAGCAGGAGACUUUCACAUAUGCAUAUUCAAGUCUUCGUCCAAUAAAGAGAGUCAACAACGACGGCUACGGUAAAUUGCAAUACGAGCAUGUUACGGUACUGGACCCUCUCAUCUCCGAACGUGGCAUUUACGGACAGUUCACAUGCUGUUGAGAUACAUCCGUGACGGUUUUCCAUGUGGGAAACCCUAUAAACGUUCCCACGAUGAGGUGUAGGUGCUAAGAGUCUUCACCCGCUGCCCCCUCCCGCCCCCCGCGGCAGCUCGACCAAUCACAGGCCUCCGUGAGGUCAACCUAACUGUGUCGAAAACAAAAGCAAAAACAAGAGGGAAAAAAAAUGAAGCAUUUUUGUGUUUUUAUGGUGAAUUAUGUAUCGACCAGAAUAACUUCAUGUGACUCGAUGUUUCUUUGGUGAAAGCUCAUUGUAUACGUGUUAUUCGAAUUCUGUGUAAUUUUAACACUCUCUUGCAAAGUAGGGUAUAUAUUAGAUGAAGAGAAAAUUACUGUAUUUUGCUAAAUACCGAUGAUUUUUACCUGUAUUUUUUUCCUCAGCUCUUCUCUUCUUGAUAAUUUGUGCGACGCUGUAUCGAGUGUGGUACAUGCGUAUUGUAAUAUAGAAUCUACUCUCCAGAAACAAUUAAAAUGGAGCGAUAAUUUCAAAUCCCAGGCCCGAAUUCCAGCACAUUCUGUCCCAUUGAUGGAAGGAGUUGAUGAUAAAACUGAGUGAUGUGUGAGAUCCUCCAGAUAUUCAGCAACUUAAUGUACUCAUAUCAGAUGUAUAUAAAUAAGACGUAUAACAGAGAAGAAUAUGGCGAUUCCGUGUCAUUUCUGACGCUUUCCAUGAACACUCACCAUGGAUAUUUAGCUUAUUUAUUUUUCCUUUAUUCCUCCCACAUUGUUCGAACGGCUUGAUAGAUUCUGUAGGAUUUCUACAUUGGCAAAUCUAUGUCUAGUCACUUAAUGCAUACAGUAUUUAUCAUGUUUUCUUUUAUAAGUUGUCUAAAUACAAAUGUUACAAAACAGACCCCUACAGGACUAAACAGAGGAAUAAAGAAUCAAAUCAAAUGUUGAAAAGUGAAAAGGAGAGUUCACCACAAAUGAAACGUGUCAUUAUUUACUCAUCCUCUUGUUUUUGGUGGAUCACAAUAGGACAUGUUUAUUGUUCUUGCAACGUGGGCUCAAGUUUCAGCCCUAAGACUUCAGAGGACUUGGAAUAUCGCACUUGUCAUAUGAAUUUACAUAUAAAUACAAUAUUGUUAGACUUAACGUACACUCACCUAAAGGAUUAUUAGGAACACCAUACUAAUACU